AUGAAAUUCACUUAUUCAUUAGUUCUUCCAUUGGUCGCUACUGCUACUUCUGCAAUCCAUAUUGACAAUCUUAUCAAAAGAGAUUGUGAAACGUGUCUUGAUGCCGCUUUAUAUUUAGCAAAUGAAUGUCCACUCUUAGAUCCGGAAGAAAUAUUACAAUGUACUUGUAAUUUACAAAACUCGUAUUUUGAAGAUUUGCUUGAAUGUUAUCAAACUUGUGCUACAGUUGACGGAGAUUUUAGAGAUUCUCAAUCGGCUGCAGAAUUAAAAGCGGCAAUUUGUCAGGGUUAUGAUUUGGAAGAUGUAUCUGACAACAGUUCAACAAGUGGUACCGCCGGGAGUGUUGAUGAAGAAGUAGAAGACUCGGUCCAAUCUGAAAGUGCUGAUGUUGACACUUCUUCCACCCAAGCGGAAAGUAGCAGUACCAUAAGUGCUGCUGAUAGCUCUAGUGAGAAUGCGGCUGUUGGGUUAGGUGGUGCAGGUUCGUUCAAUGAAUUGAAAGAAGUGUCGUCUGACAUUUCAGAAGGUGAGAUUGAGCCUGAACCAAAAGUGAAUGACCUUAACCUCUACAAUUUCAAGAGAAAGAAAAACAGUGAGGUAGACUCAUAUAUAAUCGAUCCGACUAUAGACAGGUUUGCAAGUGCGCUUGAUUAUUGGAAGGUGAAACAGGAUGUGUACCCUAUUCUUAGUAUUUUGGCAAGACGAUAUUUUGCCAUACCUGCUACGUCAGCUUCUGUUGAAAGCACAUUUUCGAUUGCUAGGAAUAUCAUCUCCUACCAACGCAACCGCCUUCUGCUGCUGAAUGCUAAGAAACUUAUGCUUUUGAAGAGUUGGGGGGUAAAUGGAGAAGAAUUGGAAGAAUCUUGA